CGAUUCAGCCAAUAAUGGAUCCAAGUGAGUCUAUAGUGCAUGAAUACUCGGUGCUUUAUUCGACAAGGGUGUUUCAAAAGGACAAGAAAUGGAGCGAUGGGACGUUGAAAUAUUAUGAAUUUAAUGAUAAGUUGGAAAUAUAUAACGAAGAUCUAAACUUGAUAAGUACUGAUUUCUACCCCAAGAAUCGAGGCAAUCCCAUAAAAGACGUUUUCCAAGAAGGAAACGAGUUCAAGCUACCCAAUAGGCAAAUGGUGGUGGAAAUAAAUGAGUAUAAGUCGAGUUAUAAACGAGAUGUCUCAAAAGUUUUCAAGAACCAUACCAAGUCCAGUAUAGUGGUACCUCAAGAGAAGAUUAGUGUUGCCCGAGUGACGAAACUGCCUGCUGCCAAAGCUCUUUUGCCACUAUCGGGGAACAACACUCUAAGACGAAGAAGAGUAGGGCUUACAAAGCCCCAGACUCAAUUGAACGUACUGAAGCUGUCUUCGAAUUCAACAAAGCUAGUUGAGUCGCUAAUGCAGUAUCGGCCUAGAUGUAGCGAGCGGGUGUUACCUCGAACUUCAAGGCACUUCCAAUGGCUAACGGCAGAUAUCACGAGUGCAUCGACCUCACUUAAUAACAGUGCCGAACCAAAACGGUCACCGGUGAAAGUCAAACAGGAAGUCAAGCAGGAGGUGGAUUUCCAUUCGGGUAAGUCUGUGCAAGACGCUGACCUAAUUCACGAUCUUUCUGAUUUUGAGGAUGACGAAGAGUUUUUUGA